CCAUGUGCGGCUCAAGUGUGCCCCGGGGCGAGCUAUGCGGCACGGGCAGAGCCGUGAAUGAGCGGGAGCCCUGAGUAGAGGCAGGAAUAAAAUUCACCCUAACAUAUAAGACCACAGCUUGAUGGAGGUUGAUAUAAGAGUGCAUUGGCAAGCUACAGCAGUCCGGGGGAAGCUCGCCGAUGAGGCCACACGCGGGGUGCAUGUCACCCGCCCUCGCCUCUGGGAAGGUCUGAGACUGGGGCCCGCGCCGCCCCAGCAGGGCGCCGCCCGCGCGGGCGGGUGAGCCCCCAGCCAUGGGGCCCGGCCGGGGCCGCUCCGGGCAGGAGAAGCGGCCGCGCCCCGGCGCCCCGCGGAUGCCCAGCCCCGGCCCGGCUUGGGAACGACUCACGGCCGGCAGCACGAGUGCAAUGGGCCGAGGCAGCGCCGCCCGCGGGGCUGCAACCCAAUUCAGACUACUCUCCCCUGGGCCGCUGUUUUCCUACAGCACUGAGGACUCCAUAAAGCUUCUUUAUAUUUGGUGCAAUUCUUAUUAUUUUUAUUAUUUCUUCCUCUUCUUAUUAUUAUAAAUGGGCCACAUUGAGACCGCCAAAGUGACAUUUCCAUUUUUCAAAGCUGCACCCCUUGGACAUCAUGCUACAGCUGGUGACAGGGCCAUGCCACGACGCACGGGACAGCUGCUCUUCGAUGGAGAUGACGGCCCUCUGGACCAGGAAAAAAACCCGCAGCUCUUCCUCAUUGGUCCCGCAAAACAGCACAAAGGUUUUAUUACAAAAGGUGCAGCAUAUAACCAUCAGACCAGCCUGCCUUGCUGACUACCCAGCUCUAGAAAGAUAUUUUUCAAUGGACAAGACCAAACCCAGGUCUAUGCAAACCGCUUCCCCCUGCCUGUGGGCUUCUCAACACAACAGUGCAUCAGCCACAUCUUUUGCUGGCAGAAACCAGCAUUGCCCCAUCAGUUCCAGCAUGGCAACAACCAGCUUAUGUCAGCUGAAGAUCUGGGCAGCUGACAUGGGUGGAGACAUGGGCCAGCGGAUACUAGCUGGAGACCUGGCCCCGUGGACUGCAGUGUCACUACAGCUGGUUUGCGCCAGCUGGGGAUUUGGCUGCAUUGACUUCAGUGGAGUGAUUCUUGAUUUAUACCACCUGGGAAAGAGCCCGCUGACUUCACUGGAGCAAUCACUGCUGACUCCUGAUUUACUUACUCCCCUGCACUCAGUGCAUGACUGUAUUUAGCACAAGGGGAUUGAGUUCAGACCACACUAGGGUCAGGAGAGUGGACUCUAGCCUUGCUGUCCCCAGUGAGUGACCUUGGAUUUACCCCUACAGAGCAAAGCUCUGACACUGGCCGUGGGUGCAGAUUGAGGCUAGUUGGAUUUUGGAGCCGAGUAAUCUCAUUUUGUCAGCAGCUCAGUUGGGCCCUGUAGAAAGCAGCUCAAUUUUAUACUUGACCUGUCUGGAUAGGUGAGUUCCCUGCUUGAGCUGGUGACGGGCUUUCCAGGUGUAUUGAUUUCUGGCUCCUAUCAGGUGGCUUCACCCAACACAAAACCUCUCCUGACCCCACCCAUGCUGGUGAAAUGUAGUGACUAGAAAAAAGAAAUGGAAAGUGAAACUUCUCAUACAGAGGUUUAUUAUUUGAGAGAGGAGCAAAUUAAGUUUCAUUCUGCUGCAGGAUCUGUCAUCUCCAAGAGGGUGUCCAGCGUGGCACUGGAAGAAGGAAAAUCAGCAGACAGACUUGCUAGAUGGAGCUCAGGGGAGACCCCAGGCAUCCAGCCCCCCAGCGAUCCUGGCAUUGACUUACAACUGCCUCUCUUCAACAGUUUCAGAAGCAAACAAGGACUAAGAUCCACUUGGCUCCUUCCCAUUCUUCCUGGCUGUGCCACUGACCUGCCCUUCUGUCCUGGAUGUUAGAAGGAACAAAAGGGACCCCAGCACCAGUCAGCAGAACUGGGAACAAGCUGCAAACCACUCAGGAAGAUGGUAGCCUUAGCUGAGAGAGCUCUCAGAUGCUUCCAUCCCUCUUCGGGCAACACUGAAACAAAGGAGGCACCCAAGGUUGACCAGGAGUGCCAUGUGCUGUGCAUGGGGCCAAGCUCUCCGGGCUGGACCCAACCAAAGAUCUCCCAGGAUGACAGGCAGGGCUACCAUGAAGAGGUCCCUUGCACCAAAACUCUCUUUGUCACCCCCAUGGAGAUUCGCCUCCUGGAGCAGCUGCUGGGGGCCUUAGCUCUGUCCCUGUGGAAGGUGGAGAUCACUUGGCAAUACCAAGAGGAUGCAGGCAUCAUCGUCUUCUCUGGCUCCCAUGAGGCAGUGCUGGCAGCCCAAGUGGCCGUCAGCCAGAUGCUUAUCAGGGUGAGCCAAGCGGUGAGGCCUGGUCCCAUCCGCCCCUUAGCAGCUGAGCUCCGGGUCAUUGGGUUUUACUGCCUCCGGCAAGGGCUGAGCCUGUACCUCUGGCACGGGGAUGCCUCUGGCCUCAGUGGGGAUGUGAUCAUCAGCAUCUCAGGCAAGGGAGGCUCAAAUCAUGGUGCCAGCGUGCUCUCCCAAAGGCUGCUGAGCCAACGAGGGGCUCCCCACACCCAUGUGGAUGUUCUCCUGUCUCACCUGGGACCUGGCAAGCUGGGAACAGGUGCUCUGCUGCUAGCCCUGCAGUCUGCGUCCCAGCAACAGCACACCUCUGUGGUCAUCUGUGUGGAUCCUGCAGGCACAUGGAUGGCAGAGGCUGUGGCUUGGGUGAUGACCAUGUUCACCAGCAGCCACCACGUCUCCUCACUCAGCAGCAUUUCUGUUGUGACAAGAGAUGGUGCUCUUGCAGCUGCACUCCAUGCAGCUUGGAGGAGGUACUGGCCGACUGGGGGGAGCCAGCAGGAGCUGCUGGGGAAAGUCCUCCAAGCCCAGGAAAGCGUCAGUGUUGAAGUGGUCACUGGCUCCAUGGCAAACCAGAAAACAGAUGUGGUGGUCCUGCCAUUGGCUCCAGGAUUGCACGGGCCGUGCUGGUGCCGGGGGGCCCAAGACCUGGCAGAAGCAGCUUUGGCAGCUGCACCCCACCUUAGAGAAGCAAGUCCAGGAGAGGUGAGAACGGUCCUGGCCGAUGCUGUCCCAGAUUUGAACUGCAAGAUGCUGUAUGUGGUGCGGCUGGAUGAGGAGCAGCUCUGGCACCAGGGAGCACACCAGGUCAUCCGUCAAAUUGUGCAAAGCUGCCUCGGCUCUCUGUAUGGCUCUUUCCUGCAGUCCAUCUCCUUCCCUCUGAUACAGCCAGAUUCUGGGGCAGGGAUGGAGGAGCAGGAGGCCGUGUGUGUGAUGCUGGAUGAAAUCAACCGCUUCCUGAAACACAAGCCUAACACUUGGAUGAAGCUGGUGCAGAUCGUCUGCCCCCCGGGCCUGUCUCCUCCUGGUUUGGUGGCUGAAUACAUCAAGACACCCACUGAGGCCGUGGGGUUCUGUCAGCUGGAAGACCCCCUCUUUCUCCGAUACCUGGAUGAGAGCCCAGCUACCUUGCAUAAAUUUGAAGGACAUCUGAAGGCAGCCGGUUAUAGCUUUCAAGCCUAUGCUUCACAGGGUAUCCUGCUAUUCCAGGCCAGAGCCAAGUCCUCAGACCUGCACAGCUGGGAACCAGCUUUCCGAUCCAUGCGAGAGAAAUUUACAGUCCGCCGUGGGCUCCAGAUGGACCUUCUGGGAGUCCUAAGUGAUGAACCGUCCCUGGUGGAAAAGUUUGAGUCCAUCAGAGUUUAUGAUGGCAUGUGUUUUGUGGGCCUGGUCUGUGAGAUGGCACGGUUCCUUCAGAGUCUGCAAGUGAAGGCCUUCCAGAAGCAGGUGGUCUGCAGGCAAUAUCCAGCUGAACCAAUGCACAGAUAUGUCAUUGUCAAGGACAUGGUGGACAAAGAGAUGCAGCUCUCCAAACACCAUGUGAGCAUUGACCUUCGUCAAGGCAGUCCAGCCACCAUCACUUUGCAGGGGCCUUGCGGGCAGGUGACUGAAGUAGAGAGACGGUUGGAGCAGCUACUAGGAGACUUCAGGGUGGUGCCAGUCCCUCUGUCACCUCUUCAAGCUUGGUUUGUCCACGAACUCCGCAGCGAGGUCUUCUCUGAGACCUUCUUUCUGGAAAGGGAAAUUCCUGUCCUGCUGUGUGUCACAGUUUCCUCUGACCUUCAGGAAACCUCCACAGGUGUCUUGGUGUCUGGGCUGGACUGGAAUAAGCUACAGGAAGCGGCAAAGCUGCUGAUGAGCCUGGUGUGCCAGCAGACUCUUCUGAUAGAAGAAGGACUGCGUUGGGCCACGGAGUGUCAAGAAUGGACCGAGUUGCUGGCCAGGCUGGGGGCAAAGAAGGAUGUAGCUUUUCAUUUUGACAGACCCAGCCAGGGAGUACUGACCAUGGUGGGUCUCCAUCCCCAUGUUGAGGAAGCAGAGGCUGCUGUCAGGGAAUACCUCAGCAAUAACUCCCUGGUGCAGGAGAGGUUGGCCGUUCUCAGGCCAGAGCUAGUGGAGGUUGGGGAGGAACUGCUGCGCAUAAUGGACUGGGAGAACCCACAGGUCAAGGUCCAGGUGUGCUCCAGCCCUGGGGCUUUGUCGCUGGAGCUGGAGGGACUCCGAAAAGAUGUGCAGGAAGCCCGCAAAGCUGUCAGGGCUGACUUACUUUCCCUGGUCCUCGGCAUAGUGGCUGUGAGGGACCGGGCUCUUGAGGAGUACUUGACUAGCGCUGGAGAAAGUCUCCUUCAGGGACUUGCACAACAGCUACGGUGUGUGGUGAGCUUACGAGGACGAACCUGGAGCACAGACUGGGAGAGGGGGCAGGGCUUGGUUAGCGAGAAGACAGAUGCUCUAAGGAAGCUUCCAAAAGGCAAGAAAGGAGCGCUCUCUCCAUUCGCAGAGGCCUCUGAAAGGCUGGUGAUCAGGAUUGUGGGCCGAGAGGACAAAGUGGCCUGUGUGAAGACAGCUCUGUCUAGUUUCAUGACUCAGUUCCAUGAGGAGAGCAUUUGCAAUACAGAGAUAGUGGCUUUCAGUGACCAGACCCUCAAGGACCUCAGCAGGAGAUCCUUCUAUCGCUUCCCCCUCGCCCUCCAUCGCAUCCAGGGAAAUGUGCUCUGCGUGCGUGGUUGUCGAGAAGAUGUGGAUAAGGCUGUGGCAGCUGUCUAUGCUAAGAUCCAGGCUGCCCAGGCCAAGCAGGUAGAUACACAGAUCCUGUAUGGGCUGGUGAAGUGGUACCACAUGUCCCAUGGGGAAUGGUUCCCAUUUGAUAUAGCCAUCAGCCACCAACUGGAGAGCGAGUAUGGGAAGAAGCAGAGGAAGACAGUGAUCAUAUGGGAGGGUCAGAGAACGGAGGUCGACCUGCUAAAGCAAGAGGGAUUUGUGCCAGGCAGAGGGACCACCAUCAGCAUCAGGAGGGAGAUCUGCUUGCAGGACAAGGUCAUUGCCCCACAUUGGGAGCCGAUGGGUGAGGGCCUCGUGAAGAUGGUGGAGCUUCAGCCCAGCUCGGAGGAAUACCAGGAGGUGGCCAAGGGCUUCAACCGUACAGCCGAGGGGUUCUCCAUCCUCAAAAUAGAGAGGGUCCAGAACAAGUUCCUGUGGGUGUCCUACUGCUGGAAGCGCAGCUGGAUGGUGACGAAGAACCCCCCGGGGGUGAGGAAUGAACGCAUCCUCUACCAUGGGACACAGCCUGAGAACUGCUGCUCCAUCCAGGAGAUUGGCUUCAAAAGUACUUGUAGGAAAGUUGGACUCUAUGGACAGGGUCUAUAUUUUGGUGUGGAUGCCUCCCUAUCUGUUUUCUAUGCCAAACCUGAUUCCUCUGGGCACCGAUUCGUGUUCCAGGCACGAGUGCUGACGGGGCAGUUCACCCGAGGGGAGGAGAAGAUGGCACUGCCCCCACAGAAGCCAGAUGGAAGCGGCCGAUACGACAGCGUGGCCAACUUAGCUUCACGUCCCACCGUGUUUGUAACCUUCUUUGAUGACCACGCCUACCCAGAGUACUUGAUCACCUUUCACGGCACAAGGGUGCAGUACUAGUGAGACUGGCACCAUGUCAAUCGAACUAAGAAUCCAGACUAUUAAUGUCAGCAGGGUAUAAAAUGGGAGAAACUGAAUGUGUGUAUGUGUGUGUCUUGUCCCUGCUGUCCCCAGGUGGCAGAGGUAAGACUUGCUCUUUGUGUGUAUGGAUGUGUGUGCCCGUCCAUCUGUUCCUACUGGCAGGAUUGAACCUGCCUCAGUGUAUGUAUGUGCAUGUGUCUAUUCACUACCCCCCUCCCCUCCAUUGUCUUGAAUUCAGAAUUGUUCAGUCGUGUGUCACAGACUACUGCUGACAGCCAAUGAAACAUCCCCGUGGAGUGCCAACAAGCAGCCUCAGCAGUGGGGAAGUAUGCACUACUGCCGUUUACUGGAUGGCAUCAUAACAACUCAUCUGUGUGUCUUCAACCCAGGCUGUCCGUGUUGAGCAGAAGACCCUGGGAUACCUCUGCUGUGGAGCAAAACCUCAAAGCAAAAGGGGUCACACUAGAAAAUACACGAUACAGACUCCCAAGCAAAGGGAAGCUGCAUGUCUGAGCUAGGGGACCAUAAACACUGAUGUGGAAAGAAGGGGUGGCUUUAUCAGCCAUUUAUUGGUCAACCUAUGAUGCUAGGUCAGUGGGUAAAAUGAAUGGACCAUAGUACUUUUACCACGGCCUGCAAUUGGCGUCAUAGGUGCUGAGGCCAGAAGGUUUGUCAUGGGGUCAUCCAGCUUGAGGUCAUCCAGCUUGACAUCCUGUAUAGCUCAGGCCAGAGAAUUUCAUCCAGUGACCCCCUGCAUUGGGUGCAAAAACUUGGGUUUCGUUAAACCAAAUGCAAGGUGUUACACUAAGGGGUGGAAAACAGAAGGGGAUAAUACUGAUUUGGAAGUGUCACUGGUGAAGGACCUGUGGGUUAUUUCAUAGACAUUAGGGCUGGAAGGGACCUCGGAAGAUCAUUGAGUCUAGCACCGUGCCCGAGGGG